AUGACUACAACUCAAAGAAGUGAGAGUAUGAACAGUCUUGUAAAAAGGUACGUCAAUUAUAAACACAAAUUCUUAGACUUCUUCAAUCAUUUUGAAAGACUUCUCGAUGAUCGUCGAUAUCAGGAGUUAAAAGCAGAUUUUCGGGCAAAUACAAGUAUUCCAAGUCUAUUGUAUCCAGUUGUGAUUUUAAAGGAAGCAAGUAGUAUCUAUACUCUUGAGGCAUUCAAGUGUUUUGAAAUGGAAUGGUGCAAAUCUCAUGAUUUUAUUGUUGAAAUUUGUGAGGAUGUUGGAUCACUUCAAAAAUAUAAAGUUACUUCUCACCUGAAAAGAUAUCAUCAUAUAGUUACAGUUGAUUCAUCAUGUGAAAAAUUUGAAUGUGGCUGUAGAAAAUUUGAAUUUGGUGGGAUUCUAUGUUCUCAUAUUUUAAGAAUAUUUACAGUGAAAAAUAUCAUGAGUAUCCCAAAAGAGUACAUACUAAAAAGGUGGACGCGAAAAGUUAAGGUUGAAUAUUUUGAAGUUAAUGAUUCAAAUGCUAACAAAGUUAAUUUGGAUCCAAAAAUACAUCAAAAUAUUCGAUAUAAAGAACUGUGUGGGUUGUAUGUUCAAUUGGUUACCAAGGAAGCUGAGAGAGAAGACACUUACAAAGUUGUUAAAGAUGGUAUUUUGGAUAUGUUAAAAUUGAUAGAUGAGAAGUUACAAGCUUUUGAGAUAGAUGAUACCAAUGUUUUAAACGAAAAAAAUGUAUAA